AAGGACCCUCUGGUAUGUGCAUUUCUGUCUUUCUGAGGCGUGGACGGUGCCUGGGACCCAGCCAGCAGCCAGUUGAAGACGUUCUUCUUGGAAGCUCUUGGACCCGACGGCUCUUGCCCAGGGUGCUGGUCCUGCCAUGGCGUUCCGGAGGACCGAGGGCAUGUCCGUGAUCCAGGCCCUGGCCAUGACGGUGGCCGAGAUCCCUGUGUUCCUGUACACGACGUUCGGGCAGUCUGCGUUCUCCCAGCUACGGUUGACUCCAGGCCUGCGGAAGGUUCUUUUUGCCACAGCCCUGGGGACUGUGGCCCUGGCCCUGGCCGCCCACCAGCUAAAAAGGCGACGGCGGAGGAAGAAGCAGGUCGGCCCGGAGAUCGGAGGCGCACAUCUGGGCACGGUGCCCCUCCCCCUCCUCAUGGCCAGGAAGGUGCCGUCGGUGAAGAAAGGCUACGCCAGCCGGAGGAUGCAGAGCCCCAGCAGCAAGAGUAACGACACGCUGAGUGGCAUUUCCUCCAUCGAGCCCAGCAAGCGCUCGGGCUCCUCCCACAGCCUGGCUUCGAUGGUAGCAGUGAACUCAUCCAGCCCCACGGCUGCGUGCUCAGGACCAUGGGAUGCCAGAGGGAUGGAAGAGUCUGUGACCGCCGGUGACGGCGAUGCGGAGAGUCUCUACAUGCAGGGCAUGGAGCUGUUCGAGGAGGCUCUACAGAAGUGGGAGCAGGCGCUGAGCGUGGGGCAGAGAGGGGACAGCAGCAGCACCCCCACGCCGGGGGACAGCCUGCGGAACCCCGAGACUGCUUCGGAGGUGCUGUCUGAGCCAGAGUCACAGCGAAGGGAGUUUGCAGAGAAGCUGGAGUCUCUGCUGCACCGGGCCUACCACCUGCAGGAGGAGUUCGGGUCCACCUUCCCCUCCGACAGCGUGCUGCUGGACCUUGAGAGGACCCUCAUGCUCCCCUUGACAGAGGGCUCCCUGCAUCUACGGGCGGACGAUGAAGACAGCCUGACCUCUGAGGAUUCCUUCUUCUCUGCCACAGAGCUCUUUGAGUCCCUGCAGGUGGGAGAUUACUCGAUCCCGCUCUCCAGGCCGGCCGCCGCUUACGAGGAAGCCUUGCAACUGGUGAAGGAGGGGAAGGUGCCCUGCCGGACCCUCAGGACUGAGCUGCUGGGCUGCUACAGUGACCAGGACUUUCUGGCCAAGCUGCAUUGUGUGCGGCAAGCCUUCGAGGGUCUUCUGGAAGACAAGAGCAACCAGCUUUUCUUCGGGGAGGUUGGCCGGCAGAUGGUGACGGGCCUGAUGACCAAGGCCGAGAAGAGCCCCAAAGGCUUCCUGGAGAGUUACGAGGAGAUGAUGGGCUAUGCCCUGCAGCCUGAGACCUGGGCCACCACGCGGCUGGAGCUGGAGGGCCGUGGGGUGGUGUGCAUGAGCUUCUUCGACAUUGUGCUGGACUUCAUACUCAUGGACGCCUUCGAGGACCUGGAGAACCCCCCGUCCUCGGUGCUCGCCGUCCUGAGGAACCGCUGGCUGUCAGACAGCUUCAAGGAGACGGCCCUGGCCACUGCUUGCUGGUCCGUCUUGAAAGCGAAGAGGAGACUGCUGAUGGUGCCUGAUGGCUUCAUCUCCCAUUUCUACUCCGUAUCGGAGCACGUAAGCCCCGUCCUAGCCUUUGGCUUCCUCGGACCCAAACCCCAGCUCGCUGAAGUCUGUGCUUUCUUCAAGCACCAGAUCGUGCAGUACCUGAGGGACAUGUUUGACCUGGACAAUGUGCGCUACACUUCGGUGCCGGCGCUGGCAGACGACAUCCUGCAGCUGUCCCGGCGCCGCAGCGAGAUCCUGCUUGGCUACCUGGGGGCGCCGGUGGCCAGCAGCAUUGGCCUGAACGGGGCGCUGCCCCGAGAAAACGGCCCCCCGGAGUUGCUCCAGUAG